UGGUUGCUCAGCUCUGCUCGCCAACACAGCCAGUCCGUCUAGCAGGGCUUGUUUUAACAUAACUAGAGGGGCAUUUCGACAGCCCGCAAAACAACCAUGUAGUAAAAAUGAUAUUGUAAUUGCUAGGGACUAAGGUGGUGUACGCUACACUGACUUUUGAUGCACUAAAAUGGAAGGUUACAUUUUUUUUGGUCUAUUGGUGACUGUUUUGGAAAGGCCGCCGCUGGUGAGAUAGGACAGGAGGUGAAGGGGAGAGAAUGAGAGCUGUUGGUCUUUCUUGGCCUAGUGCUGCUGCUACUGCUGGGAUUGUGCAGAUCCGCUUUCACAAAUCGAAAAAAACACACGCUUCAUGCCCCAAUCUGAAAGACCCGCAGUUGGUUUUAUUGUGACCGACCUCCAAAUGGAAGGAGCCAUGACAACAUGAAUUCUUCAUACAGACGGGCUGUCCGGGGCGGCUCAGCUUCAGCCACAUCUUACAGCUCAGGCCAGCCAGAGCUGAGGCCCCCCAAUCGCCUCUCAGUUUCCACCACUUCGUAUAGAAACCAGUGCAACAGCAGCGCCAAGCGUGGCUCAACAGACAAACCUUCGACGGCCAUGCAACUGUCAACCUCUGCCCUCAAACAGGCGCCUAGCUACGGGUAUAACCAGGCAGAGAGGGAGAGGCCCCACUGCUACAGUCCUCUGCUGAGGCUCCAGGACCUCUCCACUAUGGUACACAGACCUGGGUCUGAUCUGGGACCCGGGCCCCAGCCRAAGGARCUCSARGCCAGGAACCAUUUGCACUCUCACAGCCCAGUGGGAGGCUCUAGUUUUGGGGCUCCCCUGGUCCGACUGCCCCCCUCUCCCGGUAACGAGGAGACAGAACCCUACGAGGAUUCCAUGCGGGAUCAGAACGGUUUCUCUCCUGUUAGUUCUGAUAGUUUGGAGCGCUGCUCUCCRAUCCCCAAUGGAUACCUGCAUUUCGAGUCCACSUUGUUUGACAGUGGGGACAGGGAGGAUGAGGACGAGGASGAGGAAGAGUUGGUACCUUUUCAACAACACUCUUCUAAGUCRGCCAGAGACAGAACGGUCACAGACUCUAACACCACUUCUGGUUCAGGGGUAGGCCAUAACAGCACAUACAAACCCUCUGUUCUCAACCUGAUGUCRAAGAGUCUAUCUGAACUGGACCCUACUCUGAGCCCCAGUGCCCUGCCUGACAUGUCCAUGGGGGAUGGCUGGAGUAUGGACCAGGACUCUGACAGUGACAGUGACAGUGAGAUGACAGGAGACACACAUGACAAUGGUCUCAUCUCACCUGUUGGAACCAACUCUAAUCCCAACAGCCCAAAGAASAAGCCCCUCCCAGCAGUGCAGUACUUGGAGGGAGAUCUGGUCUGGGCCAAGUUCAACCGCCGCCCCUGGUGGCCCUGUAGAGUUACCAUAAAUCCACUGGAGGGGAUACACACACGCAUGAAAGGUGGGAAGUUGUGUUAUUGGUGUUGGAUCUAAACGUAUCACAGGAUG